AUGUUCAAGUCCAUAUUUAAGACAGGGAUCAGAGCAAUAUACAAUGUUCUGGAGAACCCAUCAUUUGUCUCGGAGCCAUGGUAUAUUUACCCUGCAAAACAUAAGACAUCGGGUCAAGCGGUAUCAGUAUUUAUAUUUGACAAAUCAAAAUUUGAAGCUCAAAUAAAUAGAAUAUGUGCAUCGAGUUCAAAUACUAAGAAUCCUAAAGUGAUUAUCAGUGAAUGCUAUGAACUUCUUAAAUUUGAAAUUAGUCAACUAGCCAAGUUGAAGCAUCCACAGAUCUUGACGAUUUUUGAGGUUUUGGAAGAAACCAAGCUGAAAUUCUUGUUUGUGUCUGAGGCAGUGACGGAUAAUUUGCUAACAAUCAACAUAUCAAAGGAUUUGGAUGAAUUGAGUAUACAGAAGGGGCUUUUACAAAUGGCAAAGGGUUUACAGUUUCUACACAACUAUUGUCAAAUAAUUCAUCUUAAUUUACAACCAUCGUCGAUUUUUAUAAAUAGCCAGGGAGAUUGGAAAUUAUCAGGCUUUAGGUUUCUACAGAAUUUGAAUGAAAUAUCGCCACUGGAAAGAGAUAAUUUCUUUAUCAUGAAUAAUUCUUCCGUAGUACCAUUUGCAAAUCUUAAUUUAAAUUUCACAGCACCAGAAUUAGUAGUUGAUAGUCUGCAGAAACUAGACCCCGCAAAUGAUAUUUGGUCCUUGGGAUGUUUAAUUUAUUUUGUUUAUAAUAAUGGCGAUUCUUUAAUUAACUGUUUUGAUUCCAAUAGCAUUUCAGAUUUCAAGACAGAAUUUAGGAAGUUUGAGAAUAAAUUCUACAACCACAGAGCCAGCGAACUAAAAUACUUACUAAAAUCUGUGCCAGAUAAGCUUUACCAUGUAUUUUCACAAAUUUUAGCUAGAUACCCUCACGAUAGAUUGACAAUUGAUCAAUUUAUAAAUUUGGAUUUUUUCAAUGGUAGUAUGAUUAAAGCCAUGUGGUUUAUUGACGAAUUUUCUACUAAAUCAACAGACGAGAAACUUGUUUUUAUGAGAGGACUUUUGCAAACUGAUAAAACAACUAAUAGCACUUUAUUGGAGCAAUUUCCAUCGGGAUUCAAGACACUGAAGAUUUUACCAUUAAUGAUUGAUUUAAUCAUAAACGAAUUAAGCUUGUUGAAUUCUAAACAGAUUGAAGCUGAUGUAGAUGAAGCAAUUUCGCAUUCUCUUGCAAUAACACUUUCAAUUGGUUCAAAACUUUCUAGCCUUACAUUUCAGGAUAGAAUUUAUGAACACCUUUUUAAGGAUGAAUCAAAAACUAAAAAGUCCAAUCAAAAGGAUAUAUUUAAUAAGCUCAUUAAUGCGUCAGUGAAAAUACGGUUAAAUAUAGUGGAAAACUUACCUACAUUAGUAUCUAAAUUAAAUGAGAAACAAUUAUCUGCUGUUAUUAAGCAGUCUCUUUCUCUUUUCUUAACUUCAUCUCCUACUGAAGCUAGUCAACAACAAGAGCAAAUUAAAUUACAAGAAUUGUUCCUCCAUCAAUUGAAUUUAAUUAUUGAAAAGUUGGAUUUUCCUUACAUCAAAAACACAUUGUUUCCAUUGAUCUGUCAGGUGUUUAAAACAACUACCAUUUUGUCAACUAAAUUGGCUACGGUAGAUACAUUUGGAAUGUUGAUAGAUAAGAGGAUUAUAGAUAAAGUGAUUGUAUGCGAACAAUUAUUACCAAUUUUACAGAAUUUGAAGAGUCGUAAUAAGAAGAUAAUUGAAAGUGUUCUUAAGUUUUUUGUCAGACUAUGCGAGAGUGAACAUGUGUCUUUAGACUUGGAUUCAAUUGUAGAGUCUGUCUUACCCCAAUGCUUUAAAUUAACGUUUGGAUGUAAUGAUUGUAGCCAAUCCGAGUUCAAGACAUAUAUGAAAAUGGUUCAACAAAUCCAAACUAAAAUAAUCGAAAGCAAGAUAAAUUCAUUGCCCGUGAAUACUAGAGAUGCAUCAGUUGCAACCCCUGUCAGCAACUUCGAAUCAUUAAUUAAUACUCAAAAACUUAAUGAAGGUGACAAGGACCAGAUCACUCGUGCACCUCAAACAAAAAAUAUAAUGCAACCGACUAGAAAACCUACAGAAACAAAGUCUCCAGUACAAAAUUCUACGCUUAAACCAAAAACCACAAUACCACUAACAUUGAAACCUAAACAAAAGGUAGCUCCUAAGAAACCAUUAUCCUUUGGUGCGGUUAACAAUAAUACCAACACUAACAAUACAGCUCUCUUGAAUACAUUACAUGGAACUUUUAAUCAACCUUCAAAAGGAGAAAAAGAAGAAGAAGAUGAUGAUGAAUUCGAUGAGUUUCAAAAUGCCGAGGCUAUCUCAAAUACUUCGCCUAUCAAUUGGAACACUGAAAUGGGACAUACACCACAAACUACAAACUAUCCGCCCGGAUUCACCUCAUCAAUGGUAUUAACACCGAACAACACAGGAAAAGGCAUAAUUACUAAUAAAACUGCAUCGCAUUCUAAUAAUUCUGAUCUUCUAGAUCUUUUGUAA